AUGGGCCGGCACAAGAGAAUACCGACGAAGAAUCGAAAGAAGCUGAAAUCGGUUGAUCCGUUCAACAAGAAAGCACCAGCACUGAAACACAAAGUCUUUAGUUUUCAGAAAAGCAAAGAAGAGGUGCUAGUUGAUAAGAAGGAGGUGAAGAAACGAAAACAACAUAAAAACAAGGUACUCGCUGAAGCAGAGAAGAUCGGUAUCCGUAAAGGACGUUUCGAAACUGUGUCUCACUUUGUACGUCGUGUUGAACGUAUGACUUACGCUGCUAUAAAUGAACACGAGAUGCUGGUCAAACAAGGCCUGGUUGGACGAAGUGAAUCAGAACUGGAAGCUGAUUUCAAACUACUGGAAGAGAAGGAGAAGAGAAUGAAAGAGCAAAAGAAAAACGAGAUUCAGAACAAAAUAAAAGCGGCUCGAGAAAAAAGAGAGCGUGAAGCGAAACUGAAAGAGGUAUGUAAAAAACUUAAAGAUGUAAUAAGCAAGAAAUCGACAUCUGGGAUACUUCUCGAUGAUGACACGGUCGUAAAGAAGAAGAAAAAGAAGUUGGGAGGUUCGGAUAAGAUUCGAGAGAAGAAGAAAUUAGCUGCUGAGCAAGCUCGUAAAGAAGCGGUAUUAAAUCAGAGAGGUGAACGAUUUUGCUCUGUGAUAGAAGUCAUCGCAUUUGGUGAACGUUAUGAUGCACCGCCGGAUUUCAAAGGGGCAAUGAAAAAGGAAAUGAAUCCGCUUAUGGCUAAGGCUGGCGCCAAAAAACUACUUCUCCACUCGCUCCUCCAUCAGAAUUCAAAUGGAUCGAAAACGAAGUAUUUGGAUGAUGGAAAAAGAGAGAAGCCUGGAGAAAUAGACCGCCAACGAGUCAUUGAGGCAUAUCGAGAAAUGAAACGGAAAAGGAACGUUGCGGCGGAAUGA